AUGAUCUCGGCCAAGGAGAAGGGCCGGACCCCGAAGGACAGCAUGACCCUCCUGCCCUGCUUUUACUUCGUGGAGCUGCCCAUUGUGGCCUCAUCCAUCGUGUCUCUCUACUUCCUGGAGCUGACGGAUCUCUUCAAGCCGGCCAAGGUGGGCUUCCAGUGCUACGACCGCACGCUCUCCAUGCCCUACGUGGAGACCAGCGAGGAGCUCAUCCCCCUGCUCAUGCUCCUCAGCCUGGCCUUCGCUGCCCCUGCCGCCUCCAUCAUGCUCGGGGAGGGCGUGCUGUACUGCCUGCAGUCCCAGCUGUGGGGGCGCGCGGGGGCCACGGGCGGCGCUGAGGGCAGCAUCAACGCAGGCGGCUGCAACUUCAACUCCUUCCUGCGUCGCACCGUGCGCUUCGUGGGAGUUCACGUGUUCGGCCUGUGUGCCACGGCCCUGGUCACCGACGUCAUCCAGCUGGCCACUGGCUACCACACGCCCUUCUUCCUGACCGUCUGCAAACCUAACUACACGCUGCUGGGCACGUCGUGCGAGGCCAACCCCUAUGUCACACAGGACAUCUGCUCCGGCGCGGACGUGCAUGCCAUCCUCUCUGCCCGAAAGACCUUCCCAUCCCAACAUGCCACACUGUCCGCCUUUGCUGCUGUGUACAUAUCGAUGUAUUUCAACUCCGUCAUCUCCGACACCACGAAGCUGCUCAAGCCCAUUCUGGUGUUCGCCUUUGCCAUCGCUGCUGGUGUCUGCGGCCUCACCCAGAUCACCCAGUACCGCAGCCACCCGGUGGACGUGUAUGCGGGCUUCCUCAUUGGUGCGGGCAUCGCUGCCUACCUGGCCUGCCAUGCGGUGGGCAACUUCCAGGCACCACCUGCAGAAAGGCCAGCAGUGGCUGCGGCGCCAGCCCCCACCAAGGACGCACUGCGAGCGCUGACUCAGCGGGGCCACGACUCCGUGUACCAACAGAACAAGUCUGCCAGCUCCGACGAGCUGGGCCCGGCGGGGCGGCUGGAGGGUGCGCCGCGGCCGGUGGCCCGAGACAAGAGCUCACUGGGCAGCCUGAAGCGAGCCAGUGUGGACGUGGACCUGCUGGCCCCGCGCAGCCCCAUGGGCAAAGAGAACAUGGUGACCUUCAGCAACACGCUGCCCCGCGUCAGCACGCCUUCGCUGGACGACCCUGCUCGCCGCCACAUGACCAUCCACGUGCCCCUGGACGCCUCGCGCUCCAAGCAGCUCAUCAGCGAGUGGAAGCAGAAGGCCCUGGAGGGCCGUGGCCUGGGGCUGCCCGACGAGGCCAGUCCUGCACACCUGAGGGCGCCCGCGGAGUCCAUGGCCGAGGAGGACGAGGAGGAGGACGAGGAAGAAGAGGAAGAGGAGGAGGAGGAGGAAGCAGAACUUGUGCCGCCUUCUCUCUACCCCACGGUGCAGGCCCGCCCAGGCCUCGGGCCUCGGGUCAUCCUCCCGCCCCGGGCGCCCCCGCAGCCCCUGGUGCACAUCCCUGAGGAGGGGGGCCAGCCAGGGGCCGGCCUGUCCCCCAAGAGCGGGGCUGCGGUGCGUGCCAAGUGGCUCAUGAUGGCCGAGAAGAGUGGGGCUGCGGCCCCCACGCAGCCCCGCGUGGCCAACCCGCCUCGCCUCCUGCAGGUCAUUGCCAUGUCCAAGGGUCCGGGUGGGGCGGGCCCAGGCCUCAAGGCGGCGGAGACAGGGUCCUCCUCCAGCGCCAGCUCCGACUCCUCCCAGUACCGCUCGCCCUCUGACCGGGACUCAGCCAGCAUUGUCACCAUUGACGCGCACGCGCCGCACCACCCCGUGGUCCACCUGUCCGCAGGGAACGGGCCCUGGGAGUGGAAGGCCGCGGGAGGCGGCACCAAGGGGCAGGAGGGUGAUGGUUCCUACGAGCUGGGUGACCUCGCGCGCGGCUUCCGCAGCGGGCCUCGGCCACCUGGCUUGUCGCCUGGCUCAUCUGUCAGCGACAUGGACCAGGAGGAGCCCCGCUUCGGGGCUGUGGCCACCGUCAACCUGGCCACAGGUGAGGGACUGCCCCCACUGGGUGCAGCUGAUGGGGCCCUGGGCCCGGGCAGCCGGGAAUCCACGCUGCUGCGCAAAGCGGGCAGCCUGGCGCUGGGCGAGCGGGACUCCACGGGCGAGGCCGAGGCGGAGAGCUACUACCGCAAGAUGCAGGUCGCCCGCAGGUUCAAGGAGUGA